AUGGGUGUUCUGUGUUCUAAAAGGGCUGCUCAAAGGCGUGCCUCCACAACUGCAGAAGAACCCUCUCAAAACAAAGGGUUGGCGUUGAAGGUGAAGGUGGAAGGCCCAGCCUCAAGAUCUCCCGCAAUAGGGAACGUGAAUGCGAAGCCUCCGUUGAGAGGUUUCAGUGAGGCGGAGGUGCACGCCAUGAUCAUGCAAGAGGGUCGUGAUAUUAUGGUGAUUCACGGCAGGGUGUACGACGUCACCACCUUUACAGCCUCUCACCCAGGCGGUGCGGCGGCCAUCAAGGCCAACGUUGGCAAGGAGGUGAGCCAGACUUUUGAGAGCAUCCAUGGGGGUGGGGCCCACAAGGUACUCGAGGAGUUCCUGCUUGGGACGUUGUGGGCCGUGCCCUCACUGCUUACGGAGGAGGAGGUGCAGCGGAGGAUUGACGAGGAGAAGCGGGCACUACUGCGUAUACAUGACAUCAUUUACGAUGUCACAGACUUUGUGGCGUCCCACCCGGGUGGGGAGGCGGCCAUCAUGUCCAGAGUCGGAAAGGAGGUGGGCGAUAUCUUUGCACGCAUUCACAGCAGGACUGCAAAGGAGUUGGCAAAGCGGUUUAUUGUUGGACGCCUGGUGUCAACAACGGCGGAGGCUGCAGACAGCGCCCCCAAGGCCAAGGCCGGGACGGUGUCAGUAACGUUGAAAGAGGCGUUGGUACUCGAGAGUACGGAGGUUGCAGUUGGCAUCAAAAAUAUCACCUUUUCAUGCUCAGGCAAUUUGCAGCUUCUGCCCGGUGGGCACAUUUCGGUGUUGGUUCCUGAUGCGUCUGGCAAGGGAUUCUUUGGGGCGAGGCACUACACCCCAUUUGUAUGCGGGGAAACGUCGUUUACCAUAACUGUGAGGAAGUAUCCGCAUGGAGUGGUUUCUGUUUACCUUCACUCACUCAAGCCUGGCGACAUAGUGAAGUACGAGGGCCCGAGUCGACCGAACUGGGUCGUUGAGGAGGACGCGGCGCUUCUGAGGGUGCCGAAAAAGAGGCGACACGUGCUUUUCAUUGCGGGUGGCGUUGGUGUAACUCCGAUCUACACAAUGGUGCGGCAUCUGCUCCAGGAUGGGGUCGCCUCGGUAACACUUGUGGUAAGUUACCAGACGCCGGAGGUGAUGCUGCUGCGCAAGGAGAUCGCAGCCUUUCUUGAGACCUACGGGGUGGACCCCGAGAGGGGCAGCAAGGAGGGGGAUACGGUGAAAGAGUCUCCCCACAAGACCUUUGAGCUGUACUAUGUCUUCACCAGAACGAAGGAGAUGCCAAGCUUGCCUGAGACUGUCAACGUGUACUUGGGCCGAUUGGGCACCGAGGUGCUGCAGAAGUUGUCGCCCACCGUGUCGUGCGUCAUCUGCGGCCCCCCAAGCUUUGUAGGCGACAUCAUAAGGGGACUCGUGAGCAACAAUGUCUGCACCCCGCAGCAGGUGCACGUCCUGUGA